AUGGUUUCCCCCAGCUCUAGAAGAGUUGCUCUGCUGAGAGGUUUGGCAUUGGUGUGUGCGUGUUCGUUGAGUAUUGGAAGUCAUUUUGGGCAGAAUACACUUGGUCCUCUGAAAUCACAGCUCUCUAGGGAGAAGGGAACUACUAAUGGCCAAUUUGGGCUAUUGAUUGCAGCAUUCGCGCUCAACAGCACAUGGACACCCUUAGUUGGCGGUCUGUUCGCAGCAAGACUUGGGACUUCCCUUAGUAGCAUUAUAGCAACGUCCAUCAUCCUCACCGGUCAGCUUAUUCUGUUGCUUGGUGAACUCUCCGGGUCCGUGAAGACCAUGGUAUUCGGGAUGUUUAUCUUUGGAUUGGGAAUCUCCCCGCUCGCUGUCGUGCAAGAAACCAUCAUUGUACGUUAUUUUAAAGAUCAUGGGCUAGGGCUAUCCCUUGCACUUGGGCUGGUAGCAGGCAAAAGUGCAUCAUUCAUAUCGGCACGCGUCUCUUUUCCUCUUUCCCAAUGGAGCCCACACGCACCAUUCUUUGCCUCAACAUUCUUGGCAGGGUUCUCUUUCACCGUUAACCUAUUGUACUUGUGGUAUGAAAAGUGGAUUGCUGGGGAAAUCGGCGCUGAAGCAGACAAUUCGGGACGACUCUCAGAGCAAGAGGCAUUGCAUGACGUGACCUCAAAGAGGAAGGUACAACUCAGAGAUCUGCUAAGCAUGGGGGAUAUAUUCUGGCUAUAUAUUGGUAUCAACAUAUUCUGCGGAUUCAUCUGGACCCCGUUUCCCCAUCUUGCUCCAAACAUUAUUGAACACCGUUACGGCCUAUCUGAGGGCAAGGCAGCCGAGCAAUCAUCAUUUCUACUGGCGGGAAGUGCAUUCUUAUAUCCUAUCUGUGGAUACAUAACAGACCGGGUAAAAAAGCGCUCUAUCGUCCACCGCCUCCUGCUUCUCUCCUCUGUCCUUACACUGGCGUGUUAUGCCUGGCUUGCACUCCCUCCAACUUCCACGGGUACGCCUCUUCCUGCUAUGCUGUCAUUCGGACUUGGAAUUGGCUUCUCACCGCUUCUUCUCGUCAUCAUCGUCCCUCAUUUGGUCCCCCUUCAAUAUGUAUCAACUGCUCUUGGUGCCCAUAAGAGUAUCGAGUCUUCUGGGUCAACGAUCAUGCAAACGCUUGCUGGCCUUGCCUUAGAUUCCAAGUCCCGCACAUCGUCGGCCAGUAUCCAGAAGGUGAUCAACGCAUUCCUCACUCUUAAUAUCAUCCAGAUGAUCGGCGUCUUCUCAAUGAUGAAAUUCGAUCAAUUCCGCCAACAGCUGCUGGUGGAGCAGCUUCCCCAGUACGAGCAGUACGAGGCAUUACCUGAGGACGACAACGUGGAGCCAAACUCAUUGGAAGUCUCGCAGGAGCUGCAGCCUCUAGAUUCACGACGCCCAAAGCGUUCUCACGAUAUGAUCGUGUCUCCUGCCGAGAGGGCGAGAGGGAAGGUGUUCUUCGUUACAUCGGCCCUUCUAAUUGCUGGGACAUGGUUACUAUUUAUGACUUCUGCAGGGAUUGAGUUUUGGUCUGCUAAAACAUAG